CCUCCCCCCUAUCUUCGUCUCAAACUUAUCUUGGCAUCCCCUCUCGGUUCCUGGGGCUGACUCUCUCGCCCCCUCAGACAUUCAUAUACCUUCCUCAUGUUACUCCAUCUCGCCCCCCCCUACCCUUACUCCGUCUCUCUGUUUGUGGUCAGCCACACUUAAUCUAGCGCCGUCCAUCUGUUUCUCUUCAUUUGUAAACUCCGGCCUGGUUUCUAUUAAGAUUACAUCAGGCUUUGACCUAUUAGUGGGCCGUGAUCCUUUUGAAGCCCUGCUGUGGUUCCAGGUUAGGCUUAAAUCCCACCACUCUACCUAGUCCCAAUCCUAUGGAUAGUAUUGGGGGGAAACGUAUUAAUAACAACGGUCCCUAAACUUUUUGUUCAGCCAGGGCUCCAAUUGGUUUUCUUUCCCCGUCUCCUGAUCCAUGAUCAUUAAAUCAUAACAGUAUUGUUGUCAUGUGGGAGCCCAGUAGACAUAGGCCUGGAACCCAUUUCAGCUCUCAACCCAUAAUUUAAGACACUGCUGUAAUAAUACACCCCCACACCCUUAAAUGACAAUCUGUAAAUUGUAAUAUAUAGUUAAUUUCACUUCGCAUUGGUGGGAUUUGAAACUCAUUUUGGUGGUGGUCCUUUUUCAUACACAGUGGUUCAGUUCAAAGUAGUGGUAAAAACUGUUGCUUAACUUUCUUUUGGCUUGUUUGAAAUUGUACUGUACUAAAAAGAAUGUUUAUUGAGUGCAUUGUUUUAAACUUUUUAAAGCAUAGACAUUUAUUGCCAUUUUCAAAGGAAUAUUACUUGAACUAUAACUGCAGCAUACGUUUACAUUUAAAAUAUUAAGAUAAUUGUUUUUAUUUGUCUUGCAAUACUAUUGCUCCCAUGUUCUAGUCCUUGAAGGAGACAAAUCCAUUCCUAACAAUCCAUGCAGUGUUUUCACCUCUUUUCCUAAUCAUUCCCAAUUUGACCCAAGUUAACGGAUACAAGGCUGACGUCAACUUUCCAGCUGGCGACAAAGAUACCAUUUUUAAGUUCCUGAAUUAAAGGCUUCCCUUUUUCCCCCCUCCACAUGGAUACUUUAGGGUUUGAUUGAAAGGUUGAAUUGGUACAUCAUCAUUACCUGUGGGGGCGGGGUCAACAAAGGGCUAAGAAGCCAAUUGACCAUGGCGUGAUACUUCACUGACAUCUAUUGGCUGAGUCACCGCAUGGAAAUAUGCGAAAGUCAUUGAGAUUCAUCAAGCUAAGUGGUCACGGUUGACUCCAAGGUCUUGCAACUCACCACUUCUGGUUGCGGGCUGUCCUCCCUGCCAGCAGUUCCCUGUUCUAGUGGAGCUCAGCUGGGACGAGCUCUGCACCACUGGAUUCUAGUCAGUGUUCCUCGCCUAUGAUAACAAUGACUCCUAUCGCUCUUGUUCUCCAGGCAAAUGAUAUAAUCAGGUUGAAUUUGUCCAGGAAUUCUCCCAAGGAAUGAUUGGGCCGGUUUGCUGAGCCUUUUUCCUUCCGGUUACUGAUAUCAAUAGUUGGCAGGGAAGAAGGUUGUAGGCGCUUGACAACAAGCAUUAACAACUAUUUGUUGUGUCUUGGUGUCCGUUUUAUGUUACGUAGCAUCAGUACAGUUGGCUAGGCCCUCUGGACCACUGAGACACUAACCCAUUCGCUGUUGGGUUGGUGUCUCAGUCAUACGUUGGCGGCGGUGUAUGUAUUUGAGCGCCCUGGAUCAUGUCGACCGUAACGUUAAAUACCCCUUCAGUAUCGGCAUGGGGCACUGCGGCCGGGGGGAGGCUGAGGGAAGUACAACCAGUUUGGUGCAAUACAAAACGGCAAUGUGGUUAAAGGAAUUGGAAGCAUUCUUCGAAUUGGAAGGAUCUUCCAACGCAAACAAAGGCAAACGCAGACAAAAUGAUGCUUCUUCUCUAAGGCAAACGCAGGCAAAAUGAUGCUUCUUCUUUAAGGCAAACGCAGACAAAAUGAUGCUUCUUCUCUAAGGCAAACGCAGACAAAAUGGUGCUUCUUCUCCAGGGCAUCACAGUUGCCAGCUGUCAAUCAACGCUUUUCAACUUUUGUAGAGAGGAGGUCUUUCGGGGUAUUGUCACUGAAAGUCCUUGAUUCCCCCUAUCUUGCAGACUGAGCACGCAAUGGAUGAGACAUAAUAAAAUAUUGUCAAGUUGUUCACAAGCUUUCUUUGUUACAAAUUAAAUUGGUAUAUCUAAAGUUUGUUUCACUGUUGAGGAGAACGGGGGAGAGCGUCAUUCCCGGUAAAAGGUGAUUUCCUGUAAAGUUACUGUAAGCGGCUGUUCGGUUCAAACAAACGACUUGCAUUAAGGAAUCCCCAGACAUUUAGAACAGCAGGCAAGAUAUCCGAUCAUCUGGUAUCGCAAGACUAGCCUGACUGAUAUUGCACAAAGGCCUCCCAACUAGCAGAGCAUCAGCUCAGCACCUUUAACCUCCAGGCCUCCUAUUCUCUCCUCUCGUUUCCUCUCGUUUCCUCUCCUCUCCUCUUAAUCCUCAGGCCUCCCAUCCUCUCCUCUCCUCCUCCCCUCUCCACUAAAACUAAAUAAACAAUAGCAACUCCCAAAUAACAAUCUUUAAAAACAUUUAGUUUUGAAGUUCAAACUAACUUUAACCAAUGUACAUCCAUCUUGAAACUGGAUACAUGAAUUGAAUUUGUGAAACCUGGGAUUUAGAUAGGGGUAGAUAGGAAAAUAAUAAUAAAAAUAUGCAGCUAUAUAGAAUGAUUUAAACUAGAUCAUCUUGCAGCCCGAACCUCAUUGAUAUUUACAACGGUACAGACUUCAUCAUAACAAUCCUUAUCCGAUGUAAUUUGCCAUGUAUACCAUGUCACCCAAUUUGGGGGUAGCUUCAGGACUGCAUCCCCUUCCUCUUCCUUCACCCUCGCUGGUAUCACCUCCCUCUGCUCUACCAUCCCCUUAUGAUUGGCUGAGGCUGUUCUGGCCAACACUCAACUGUCACCUCUGAAACCCAACCUCACUCAAGACAGCCUCACCGGUACUGCCUGCGACAGGCACUGGUCCUACGGUAUUUCACGGCUAACUCAAUGAAGCUCUUAUAGAAGUGCCUGAGUCAGCGGAGAUGUUGGCAGGUGCACUAGUUCUGAGCACCGUGCUUGCAGCCUUACCAGGAGCCCAGAGCAGGUGGAGUGUGUCAUUUUCGAGGAGGGAGAUCUGUGUGUGGUCUGGAACCACCGUCACUUUGCCCUGUCGCUAUGACUACCCAUCAGGCCACACGAUGAAGCGGGUCAUGUGGUUCCGUGUGUCCGUGGACGGUCACAGAGAGUUCACCCACCACUCGGACCCAGACCAAGUCAGCCUGUCCUACAGGGGGCGCACACGCUACAUAGGGGGGAGCUACUCCAGCUGUUCGGUCCAGAUCAAGGCUGUUAGGCUGACUGACGCGGGACAGUACCACUUCAGGUUUGAGACGGACCAGCCCAAUGGGAGAUGGACCUCCCCUGACACAGUCUCCCUCACCGUCACAGACCUGCAAGUCCAAGUGCACCCGGUCCGACUCGGCCACAUGUUCGCGUUGGGAGACACCGUGUUCCUGGGCUGUCAGGCCAGUGGAUGUGCUGCCUCCGGCCGGAGCCUGGCUCUGUACAGGAACGGGCUGAACCUGGGAUCCUAUGAGAAGUGGAUGAUCGUCAACCGCUUCGAGCAGCAGAACGCCGGGACCUACACCUGUCGACCGAUCCCUCCCCAGAACGUACAGUCCCCGCCGCUGACGUUGGCUAUGGGACAUGGACCCCGGACCACUGUCGUCACGGUGUCCCCGGUGGGAGAGCUGUCAGCGGGGGGGUCGGCCACUCUCUCCUGCAGCAGUGACGCCGCCCCCCCGGUCGAGAGCUUCGCCUGGUUCAAAGAUAUGGAAAGUCACAGCAUACCAGCUAGCUACAGACCCCAGCUUCACCUGAUAGGUCUGACGUUCAAAGAUGAAGGACAGUACUUCUGCGUGGCUCGGAACUCCCUGGGCACUGACCGAUCCCAGCCCAUGCUACUGAACAUCACAUACUCCCCCCAAAACACUCGGGUAGUGGUGAGUCCUCGGGGCGACAUCAGGGAAGGCUACCAUGUCAACCUCAGCUGUGUGAGCCAAGCCAACCCACCUGUCAACAGGUUUGCGUGGCAUCGUAUCCUUGGCGACAAGGUGUGGGCCAAAGGGAUGCACCAGAACAUGUCUUUCCCAUCGGUGCGCUCUCACAGUGCCGGUCAGUACUACUGUACGACAUGGAACCGCCUGGGCCACCAAACCUCCCCGGUCGCUACUCUCUCUGUACUGUAUCCUCCUAAGAACACGUCGGUCCUGGCCCGUCCCUCUAGCGUGGUGGACGCCGGUCGCCCGCUGACACUGACCUGUAGCAGUCAGGCCAACCCGGUGGUGGACAACUUCACCUGGCAUCGGCUUCCACUGGACGGCGCCCCCAGGCGAGUGUGGGGAGCCAGGACGGGCCCCUCCUACACCUUCUCCGAGGUGGGUCCGGGGGAGAGCGGACAGUACUACUGCGAGGCCCGCAACCGCAUCGGCACGCACAGCUCUCCGGUGAUCACGGUCCGGGUGAGAGGACGUCUAAAGGUGAUCGCCCUAGUUUCUGCCGUGGGCGUGUCUGCAGCACUCAUCACACUGACGGUGGCCAUAAUGAUCAGCAAGAACAUGCACAGGGUAGACUUGGAGCUCAUAGAGAGCGUGAAGAAGCGCCCGUCAGUCACAGACCAGACCGUGUUCUAUGAGUCAGCCGCCCAGCAGACUGUUCCCUUGAGAACCGACAAGAUGUCCGAUAUCCUGGAGGAGGAGCCAGAAGAGGAGGUGAGUGAUAGCUCCCAUCCCGCCAUUGUUCCACUGAAGGACGCUCCACCAAUCACAGAGCAGGAAAACGUCCCGAGUCCCGCCCCCAACUACAUCACCAUCCACUACUCCAGAGUACCCAGUGUGGACCAGGUGGAAGUCCCCAAGCUGCCUCAGGGUAGAAGCAAAGAACCAAAGGAUUCUUCUAACGUUGUUUACAACCUGCUGUCGCAGCAACGCCGCUAGACACAGCAGUCAGAAGAACCAAUCCAAGGGUAACCCAUCACCUGUGCUCGGACAACACAUAAUUCACUCCCGUUUUCCCAAGACCAGAGAGGAUUGUGGGAUACAAAAUAUAACAUUAUAUGUGAAGGCUUUCCUAACUUAGCUGAAGCAUAUUGAACUUGAAACACAAGAUAACCCAGCCUUUAUUGGACCAUGUGGUCAACGUAGGGCGUUCUGUCUCUAGAGGAUAAUUUAUGUUACUACGCUUUUGUCUUCUAUCUUUAAACCUUUAUGCUGAAGUGAAAAAAGUAUUUAAAAUACAUGUUCAACAAACAAACAUCAUCCUAUGUGUUUUUGCUAGCACUCCUGCAGAGGGAAAACAGAUGACAACAACUAAUUUGCAUAAUUGAUGUCUUUGUUCGAAUUUGGUAUGCAAUUCUAAAUUAAUGUUGGUAUAACUGAAUUUGCUUGAUUGAUGAAACAGCGAUAACAGUCAUUUAAGUUGACAUUUUCCGUCUUUAACGCUAAAAAUUACAAAACCUGAUAAAUGAGAAACCAUAAAUUUGCUUCACCGAUCAUUGUGUUGAUCAAUAUUUAAAGCAAUUAAAAAUAUUUUUGCUUGGUUGGGUAUUAUCUUUCGACAUGGACAAAAAUAAACACAGACAUAAAUGAUUGCUAGUUAGCCGUCAUUUAUUGCAGCUAACCGCGUUUACAACAGAAUUAAACCCAAUAAACCACCAAUGUGUGCAGGGUCCGGGAGGGUAAAUCGGGUUUCUAGCUCAAGGAGGCAAUUUACCUCGGGGAGUGUAAACGUGCGGACCGUGUCGCGAAAAAGGCGUGCAUAAAACGGACUAUUUGGCAGUGUAAAAACGCUCAGUAAGAGAGGGCUGUAUCUGAGUAGAACGGCUCCAAAUGAGCAACAAAGUCAGUAUUAAAGUGUCAACUGUGUUCUCUGUGUUCUACUAAGCAGCGGACACUUGGUGGUGACGUAUUACGACCUGAUGACGUAUGUACGAGAGGCAACCGUACUCAGGCCCAGUUGCAGCACAGGCCAGCGCACAGCAGGGCGGGGGCGCAAUCGUACUUGAGCACGUUACAGGAGUGGAACGGACUUGGGCACGGUACAGAUGACCUAGUGUGAGUGCGCCCUGAGACGACUCGUCCUUUCCAUAUCACAGGGCGGCAGCGCCACUUUGUGGAUUAACAGGGCUAUAACACCACCGGGGCAGAUUGAGAUGAGCGUCAAUGAGAACACAUAAACAACUGUCAUAUAAUAACUGCAUCUAAAGGCACCUAAUAACAUAGAUAUAAAGAGCGAGAGUAAAUCAUGUGAAAGCAAGUUUUGUCGAUGAACAAAGUGCUGAUAAGAAGAAGUAAGAGCCAAAUCCCCCACUUAGGACAACAAAAUGUCCAGAGCCACAUACAAACAUCAACGUUAAAUUAAUGAAGAUAUAAUAAUUUUAGGGAAGUGGAUUUUUGAGUGGAGUUUCCCCUUGCUGGUAAAAAACGUACAAUUGGCUUAAUGUGUGACAUAAUUUCCUCUGGUUUCCCUGAAGGACAUUUUGUAGGCUAGUUUCAAUACCGGGUGGUUAAAGAAAAUGACUCGCACAAUUCUAGGGAUUUUACUCAUCAUUCAAGGCGUGUAUAGCAGCGACUGGGCUGUUGUGUACCAAAGCCAGUGCGCUUUUAAAGGGACAUCAGUAACAAUACCAUGCUCUUAUAGCCAUCCACCCGGUCAUAGGGUCACCUUGGUCACCUGGUACAGAGGAGAGCCACUACCUGGCGGGUGGAAUGGAGUUACCUUCAUCAACUCCCCCUCAAUGAAAGGACAUUUUCAAUACCAGGGUGACACAUCUGGUUCGUGCACAUUGAAGAUCAACGGGCUACUUGACUCUGACCAAGCAGGGUACUUUGUUGCAUUAAAGACAGACAAAGAUGAUUUCAUUUCACCACAUAUUACUUUGACCGUUCAAGACCCAGGGAUCACUGCCGUUGUACCGACCGUUGUUGUAGAGAGGGACAUGGUAAGUCUGAUCUGCAAGACACAAUGUAUUGGCUAUCCCCCAGCCAACAUGGUAGUGUGGUCACGAGAUGGAAAAGCAGUAGCCAGUCCAACGUUCCAGGCCGGGCUGGACGAUGCAGGGAGUUACCGGUGUGCCUGGGAGGGACUGCAGUCCAACACAGUAACCCUCGAUGUUCAAAACUUUCCACGGAACACAACGGUGUCGGUCGAACCUCAAGGAGAGCUGUUGGAAGGCAAUUGCGUGUGCUGCCAACCCACCCGUACACAGUGGUACUGCACCACUGAGAGAAGAGAAAGAGAGAGAGAGAGAGAGAGAGAGAGAGAGAGAGAGAGAGAGAGAGAGAGAGAGAGAGAGAGAGAGAGAGAGAGAGAGAGAGAGAGAGAGAGAGAUCCUUCCGAUAGAAGAGGGACAUCCGAUUUGGUUACAUGUUUUGAUGUUUCGGUUGCAUGUAGACAACCGAACCUCAACAAGGCAGAGCAUCUAUAUUCAUCAGAUCUGGAGUAGUUGUCACUGUCCUUGUCGCACUCACAGUGCUGGUUUGCUUUUGUUCACGGAAACAACCAAAGACCAAGGAAAACCAACACAGCAUGGCAACCAGCAGCCCCAUUGGGAGGAGCCUCAACUCUUCAACCAAUCCCAACCUGGACCCCCUGUAUUCCAACAUCUCUUCAUUACCCAAUCGGUCACUGACUCCUCUCCAGGUUCUCCAUGACAUCCACAUGCAUGACUCAGGACAGGAAGGGGAUUUUGGAGAAACAGAUCUGUAAAUCCCGGAGACCCAAAGCAGCAGCCAUUCCAACCAACAGAAGCAGGGGAUGCAGCAGGACACUCUGUGAUCUACAGCUCAGUGGCUGAAGCAACAUGAGAUGAGCGCAUCCGGGAUUGGAAGGCCUCGAUUGGAGGCCUCUGCAUGCUUUUGCUUGAAAAUGUGUGUAUUUUAGCAAUAGUCUUUAGUUUGUUUUGUGAUGGGAAUCUAUAUAAUUUAACCAUAUAAGCAAAAGAUAGAAGAAUCAUCAAUUGUUUACAUUUUUUACAACAAUUAAAGAGUGGUGGAUGAAUGGAGGUUUUGCUGAAUGGGUCAAACAAAUGAGUUCUUCCCAGGAGACCAGGGUCAAAGUCCUGUGUUAUCUUUUGACUUGGCUGACUUAUUACAUUAAUUCACUACUACUUGGUUAGGUUUUCCGCAACACAACAACUUUGUUAGGUUAGGCAACACAAAGACUUUGUUUGGUUAAGGCAACGCAACUAUUAGGUUAGGCACGACAAAUUCUGCCAGAAAAGCCCGGCAAACUUCUCCCAUGUUAGAUGUUAGAUAAAGAUAAGGAGACCACAAUCAAACCCAGUCUAACUCAGUUACAGUUGUCAUCGUAUUAAUGAAAAAAAAAAAGUUCAAAAUCUAUGUUUAUGUAUGCGUAAUACUAGUAAGUUUUGGAUCACUUUUCCCUUUAAAAAUGAAAACAUCACAACACUUACAAAUUAAGGCCUUUAUUACCAUACUCAACAUAACAUCUUGAAAAAUCAAUGACGAAUAAAAACUCAGUAACAACAUUCUGCUUCAAGAAUAAUACAAAUUGUGAACAUCAUAGUUGUUUUUAAUCAAUCACAUUAGGGGACACUAUCGGAACAUCAUUUAUUGAAAUGUAAAGAAUCCAUUGUCAAAAAUAAUCAUUGCUGCACUUCUUUAACUUUUGUUUCUUAAAAAUGCUAUUAAAAUCUUCCUUAUAAACUGUG